AACGCUUAUGUCAGCCAGCCAGAUCCCUUUGAAACGGUGACAUAUACGGAACUCGAACAGUUCAGUGGAACAGAUACAAAAGCAUGAAUAAUUUUCCAGCGGUGCUUGCGGUUUUCCUGCUGCUCACUGUGGCAUUGACAGAGGCCGCUGUGUACAUCGGAGGCGGAUGUUAUGACUGUAAUCCGCCCGGUGGUCAAGGGCCAGGCAUAUAUACGGGAAAUGGUGGAGGCGGCCGAGGCGGUGGUGGCUACUAUAACCCAGGAUCUGGAGGCGGCGGCGGUGGCGGACGUCCGGUUUACUCGGGAAACUUUGGACCAAAUGGCUAUAAUGGCGGUGGCCGGAGCUACAGUGGCGGCGGUAGAGGCGGCGGCGGUGGCGGUGGCGGUGGCUACGAUGAUGGCUUUACGCAAAUCAUAAGCGGUUAAAAGUAGCAUAGUUGUUUAAAUAUACACUUAG